AAGGUUGUUUCUCUGGAGGCUUGCUUUCCAUAGUAAUUAAAACCUAGAGUGCAUUCUAGUGAGUGCCACAUCACAAUGCAUAUUGGAUACAAACGGACCAAAAUGAAUUCGCUUGUCUUAGUUCUAUUACUUUUUUCACUAGUUUCAGUAGUUUGGUGUUUUCCAUCACUCUGUGAAGAAGAAGACGCACUUUUAGGUCGCUGUAAUGUUCCAGUGGAAGUAAAACCAAUUUGCACAGACAUUGUCUUAGGUUAUUGUGAUGAUAUGCCCUACACUAAAACCAUGUACCCCAACUUGCUGGACAAUAGAAACCGAGAGGCGGUAGAAACAGGUCCUGAGUAUGUUCUCCUGAGUGUCUUACACACGUUACUCAAAGGGGAAUGCACUCCCGAUCUCAGGAUGCUGGGAUGCUCCAUCCUUGCUCCUCGGUGCGAGAUGAACAAGAUUUUGAAGCCUUGCAGGAGUGCCUGUGAAAUGCUGAAGAAAAACUGCAUGCACGCCUUCGAGGCCAUUGAGAUGGCAUGGCCAUACUUUCUGGACUGUGAUCGUUUCUUUGUUGGUGAAGAGGAAGGAUGUUACGACCCGUUGGAAAGUCUCAGAAGCAGACAUGAGUUUGUGGAUGAUAACUCUGCCCCUGAGCAACUUUCGACUAUUAUUCAGUUCACAUACCAUUCACACUCACAGAUGACAAACAUUUUAAAAAAGACAGCUGCAAAAUGCUCAGAUAUUUCAAGAACGUACACCAUUGGCCGCAGCUUUGAAGGAAAAGAUCUUAUUGUGAUUGAGUUUUCUGAUAACCCUGGGCAACACGAGUUACUUGAGCCUGAAGUUAAAUACAUUGCCAAUAUGCAUGGAAACGAAGUUCUCGGAAGGGAGCUGCUGAUAUACCUUGCACAGUAUUUGUGUUCUGAGUAUCUGCUGGGAAAUCAAAGGAUCCAGACCUUGAUCAACACCACCAGAAUCCACCUGUUGACCUCAAUGAACCCUGACGGAUAUGAUCUGGCAGUCUCAGAUAUGGGGGAUACAGAUGAACAGGAAGAUGCUGAAGCCCCGAGAUACAAUGGAUGGACGAGUGGAAGAGCAAAUGGUCAAAACAUUGACCUGAAUCGGAAUUUUCCAGACCUCACCUCCAUUGUUUACCAGAGACGAAGGAACAAAGGAUUCCGUACGGACCACAUUCCAAUUCCAGACUCUUACUGGUUUGGUAAGGUGGCUCCUGAGACUUAUGCUGUCAUGAAGUGGAUACGGUCAAUACCCUUUGUGUUGUCUGCCAGUUUACAUGGAGGCGAUUUGGUUGUUUCCUAUCCUUAUGAUUUUUCAAGGCAUCCAGAAGAAGAAAAGAUGUUUUCUCCGACUCCAGAUGAACAGGUGUUCAAGCUGUUGGCAAAGUCAUAUGCUGACCAACACCCUGUUAUGCCUGAUCAGUCACGUGACAGAUGUGGAGGAGAGUUCGCCAAUACAAAUGGCAUUGUGAAUGGAGCUCUUUGGUACAGCUUUGCAGGGGGAAUGUCAGAUUUUAACUACCUGCACACCAACUGUUUUGAGAUAACUGUGGAACUAGGCUGUGAUAAAUUCCCCAGUGAGAGUGAACUUUAUACAGGCUGGCAGGAAAACAAGGAGGCCCUUUUGACCUAUAUGGAGACGGUGCAUAGAGGAAUAAAGGGAAUAGUAAAGGAUGAAUCCGGUAAAGCUAUCAAAGGAGCUCGCAUCUCAGUAAGAGGGAUACGACAUGACGUGACCACAGCCGAGGAUGGAGACUACUGGAGGAUAUUACCUUCUGGAGUACAUAUAAUCACAGCUUCUGCUGAAGGCUACUCAAAGGUCAUCAAGAAGAUUAAUCUACCAUCACGACUGAUGAAAGCUGGGCGUGUGGAUUUCGUACUGAAGAGCGUGGUGGAGGAACCGGAUCUAUUUGUUAGUAUUCCUCAGGACACCUAUGAUCGAUUUGAUCCUUACAAUAAGUUUGAUGAGUAUGGACGCAGUGGGAACCAAGAGCCUGAAGAGGAGAGGCAGGAGAAGCCUUGGUGGUGGUCAUACUUUGCCUUUCUAGGCAACAAUCAACCAACUUGGCUUUUAAGGCGCAAUUAAGUUUUAAGUGAAUUCAUAAGACAUGCUGUUUUUUCCCGAUUCUUACUAAGUAUUUGCACACUGUUGCAUCAAGCAAUCAUUUUCCACUAGUAAAUGCACAUUUGAAAUACUAAGAAGUUAUUCAAAUUCAUUUUAGAGCUCAGAGCAAGGCCUUGAGAUAUUGUUGCUAUAAAAAAGAAACAAACAAAUGGAAUUGUAGCGUCAAACUUCCAUUUGUAUGUAUUACUGUUUGUUUAGUGUGGUUCAGAGAAGAAAUAGAAACGAAUCCAUGAAAAAACGUCAUGAAUUAUGUGACUAGAUAUCAAAGUUAACAUGAGGGUCAUUUUAAAAAAUAUAUACUGUAAACGUUUUAUGAACUGGGUAUGGUGGAAAAAUGAUGUGCACAGGCAAUGAAUGCUUUUUGUUUUGACCUACAGUACAUGCACAAGGUUUGUGAGUUAACCCGCACAUAUGUGUAAUGUGUUGUUUCCCACUGACGGUUUUACAACAAAAUCGGACUGUGCUGAACGUUGGUUAGGACAUUUUUUAGCACAAAUUAUUGAGUAUCAAAAUCUGGGGAGGUUCCUGUCCUGAUUAUACACUUUCAUUUUACAUAUAAAGUAUCCAGAGAAUUGCUUAUAUAAUGAAAAUAGUUUUGGACUUUUCACCACAAGUUAUUGAGAGUAUGUCACACUUACACUUAUAUUAUGCACAUGUGUUGUGUUUUAUGUUUACUAGCAUACAUACUUAGUUUUUCCACACAGUGGCUGUGUUUUGCUGCCUACAGUCAAACAUCCUUUACAGUGUGUGUCAGGUCUGUAUUCAUUUUUAGAUAACAGUAUAUGCACUAGUGAGGUUUUUUUAAUACUUUUUUUAUUACUAUCAUUUUAUACUGAUGUUAAUUUCCUUUUCUUGUGUCAAGUGUGAAUAUUCUUAAAGUAUGCAUUAUUGUGCAUUAAGUAUAUCAAUGUCCAGAUCUUUUGUUUUUUACACAUUAAGUGUUAACAGUAAUAAAAACUUUAUAUAUUCA